GCUGGAACGCACCCGGAGAAGCGGCAACCCGCGCAACACGUCCUGAAGGGGGCGACUGUGACCCGUAUCUGCAGGCCCCGGUCCGGCGUGACGUCACCGCUGCCUAUCUAAGUUGGCGAACCGCUGUUUUCUAUCCUUUUCUUACGAGUCCUGAGACGGGUAGGGAUCCAAAACCAUCUUCCCUUGAACGUCACAUUUUUACAAUCCAACUAAAAUGAUCAUCUACAAGGAUAUCAUCACCGGAGAUGAGCUGUUCACCGAGGUCUAUAAAAUCACGGAGGUCUGCGACGGUAUGCUGUACGAGGUACAGGGAAAGCUCACGUCCAGAUCGGAGGACGUAGAUGGGGCUUUGAUCGGUGCCAACGCCUCUGCAGAGGGCGGAGAUGAGGGCAGUGAAGCGUCCACAGUCAGUGGAGUUGACAUUGUGCUCAACAGCAAACUGCAGGAGACCUCAGCCUACAACAAGAAGGCUUACCAGAGCUACAUCAAGGGCUAUAUGAAGGCAGUCAAGGCCAGACUAGAGGAGCAGGGCUCUAAGAGGGUCCAGGCGUUCAUGGCUGGAGCUCCAGCAGCUGUCAAGAUGAUCCUGGGAAACCUCGAUAAAUACCAGUUUUUCACCGGCGAGUCCAUGAACUGUGACGGAGCCAUCGGCCUGCUAGACUACCGCGAGGACGGAGUCACACCUUUCUUCGUUUUCUUCAAAGACGGCAUCGAGAUCGAGAAAUACUAAACCAUCUGGACGUGGAACAGAAGUGCCUGGAUCGGAGGGAGCGUGCCUGCUUGUUACCGUAGCGACCGCCGCCCCUGAUCAUGGACCAGACCGACCCAACCCUGCCUGCUUGUUACCGUAGCGACCGCCGCCCCUGAUCAUGGACAGACCGAUCCUGCCUGCUUGUUACCGUAGCGACCGCCGCCCCUGAUCAUGGACAGACCGAUCCUGCCUGCUUGUUACCGUAGCGACCACCGCCCCUGAUCAUGGACCAGACUGACCCAACCCUGCCUGCUUGUUACCGUAGCGACCGCCACCCCUGAUCCUGCCUUUAUUCCCUCCCAACAACCGGAACAGACUUGUCUUUCUUUAAUAAAGUUUUAUUUUUUGGCCCCAAACCUUCUCCUUCUCUUCGUCGUCGUCCCCCCCGCCACAUCUGGCCUCCGACGGAGACGCCCCGCCCUGUUUCUAAACGGCUGGUCGUCGGUCAGGACCGCCCCUCCUCACCACCAUGGAUGGAUGGAUUGAACCGUGCCGGCUUGGCUGCUGUGUCCGCGGUGACUUCCGUCAGAUGUCCAGCGACGUUAAGCUCCCACCUUGCUCUCUCACACAAAUGUAAAGGACUCAUUGACACUAUGUUGUGAAAUAAAUGGGCCUAUUGGCCGAAAUACAA